CUCCACUGAGAGGUGGAGCAGCACCAACGUACUGGAUCAGAGGACGAUCAGUGGCUCAGUUCCUGGAAACUGAAGGCUUGUUGAGCUGCAGUGAAGACCAGACUCUGUCUCUGUACAGUAAAAUAAUCAGACCGUAAAGAGAUCGUAGCUAUGGCUGCUGCCAGCUGUCUACAUACCGAAGAUCAGUUCCUAUGCUCCAUCUGUCUGGAUAUUUUCACUGAUCCAGUGACUUUACCCUGCGGACACAACUUCUGUAAAAGCUGCAUCGCUGAACACUGGAAUUGUAAGGUGAAGCGUCAGUGUCCUGUCUGUAACACACAUUACAACAAAGGACUCAAGCUGCAGGUCAACACCUUCAUCUCUGAGAUGGCUGCUCAGUUCAGACAGUCAGCUCAACACAAAACCAGCAGCUCAGAGCAACACGCUGCCAAACCAGGAGACGUUCCCUGUGACGUCUGCACUGGACCUGAACUAAAGGCCCUGAAGUCCUGCCUGGUGUGUCUGACCUCCUACUGUGAGACUCACCUGGAGCCUCAUCUGACAAAGUCAGGACUGAAGAGACAUCAGCUGAUCGACCCUGUGAAGAACCUGGAGGACAGGAUGUGUAAGAAGCACGACAAACUGCUGGAGCUGUUCUGUAAGAGCGACCACAUGUGUGUCUGUAUGAUGUGUGCUAUUGCAGACCACAAGACACAUGAUGUUGUUGCUAUGAAAGAAGAAUGUGAAGGAAAGAAGUCAGAGCUGCUGAAGACUGACGCUCAAAUCCAGCAGAUGAUUGAGAAGAGACGAGUGAAGAUUGAAGAGAUCCGACGCUCAGUGGAGCUCAGCAACAAAGCUGCAGACAGAGAGCUGGAAGAAGGUGUUCAGGUCUUCACUGCUCUGAAGGAGACUGUGGAGAGAAGCCAGGCUGAGCUCAUCAAGACCAUCACAGAGAAGCAGAGGACAACAGAGAAACAGGCUGAAGGCUUCAUCACAGAGCUGCAGCAGGAAAUAUGUGAUCUGAAGAAGAGGAGCUCUGAGGUGGAGCAGCUCUCACAGUCUGAAGACCACUUUCAAAUAAUCCACAGCUUCUCAUCAGUGAACACUGCUCCACCCACCAAGGAAUGGACAGAUGUCAGUCUCCACGCUCCUUCAUAUGAGGGAACUGUGGUGAGAGCAGUGAAGCAGCUUGAGCUGAUGUUCUUAGUAGAGACAGAUAAGUUGUGUUGUGAGGUUGAGCUGAAGAGGGUCCAGCAAUAUGAAGUGGAUGUGAGUCUUGAUCCUGAUCAAGACUCACAAGCAUCUUUUACUUGCUGCCAGUGUGUUUUAUCAAUGCAAGGUUUCCGUUCACAAAAAUUUUACUUUGAAGUUGAGCUUGGAGAGUGUUGUCCCUGGACUUUAGGAGUCACCAGUAACACAAACACUGAGGGAAGAAUCACACUUAACCCCCAAAACGGUUACUGGACUGUUUGUAUGAGUGAGGAUUUUAAAUACUAUGCAGCUGAUAAGCCACCAGUCUGUCUAGAUCUGACUCGGCUUUUGAAGGUCGGGGUGUUUGUGGAUUAUGAGCAGGGUCUGGUCUCUUUUUAUGAUGUUGAUACUGCAGUUCUUAUCCACUCCUUCAUUAGCUGCUUUACUGACACCCUUCAUCCAUUCUUCAGCUCUUGUCCUAAUGACGGGAUUCAAGGCUCUUGGGGGAGUUUUCUUUCGAGACGACACAAAUUAUAUUUGCAGUGAACAGGAAUUUGUACAAUUUUGUACUUGUAUUUGCAUAAAAUACAUUGGUUGUCACUGUGCAAAUCCACAACUCGAAGAUAUGAAGAUUGAUUCACUGUGUAAUACUGUUAACACUACACUUCAUUGAUGGUUUAUUAUUUGAACACCAUGUGUACAAUCUAAUAAUGAUUACAGCAUGUAAUUAAAGACACUCACUGAAAUCAUGUAAAUUACACAAAAGUUCUGUAUGUUGGUAAAAUAAAGAUCCUACUUCCAUUAAUAAACAA